GAAGCGGGACGAGAGGAACAAAAAGGGAGCGAAGGCAAGGGCCGAAGGGCUGUGGAAGCCAUUUAUCCGCAGAGCCUUGGAAGCUGGAUUUGAGCAAGAAAAAGCUGCGAUCGGAUCGCUGCCGUAUGGGGAUGGUAAUGGAAGUAUAAGCUCAAUCAUGGAAGGUGGAAGUCUGCGCACCAGCAGAGAGUUUUAAAUGCUGCAAGAAGAAUUCUUUUGACGAAGAGAAGCCGGGAUGAUGGUAAUAAAGCUGAAUUCGCACAUCUGGUGAAGAAGGUCAAUCUGCACAAGAUCACGAGCCGUACCGUGGGACGAUUGAGAGAAGAAGGUCUAGUUGCUAUGGAGCAGCUGUAUUGAUUAACAUAAUACAUGUUGAUUUGGGAUGCUUAGUGUUCUGCAGAUUUACAUCUGUGCCAGUCGCUGCUGCUUUUAAGGAUUUUGCUGAAAUAAGAAGGGCAAAAACCCUGUAACAGCAGCAUGGCGACUCCAACAGAUGAUCAAAUCUGCGGAGACAAUUCAUCUCCCAACGGAAGUGUAAGAAGUUCUGAAAUGAGUACAUCGCCUCGAAUGGGCAGUUCGCCGACAGAUAGAGACGACCUUUCGGAGACGGAGUCGUCCCUCGAGUGGGAUGCUGAGCAGCAGAGGGCGUUCACAGAGAAAAGACGAUUAUCACAUUUUGCUAAGGAUCGCGGUUUGAGUCUAAAAAUCACUCCAUCUCCCUCCCUUUCAGAUUACGAGUCCGAGAGUGAACUUACACCUGGUGGAACUCCUACGUCUAACUCCAAGCGUUGGAAGUCUUUCAAGAUCGGGGCUUUAUUCAGUCGAUUCCAGCGACAACAAACCAUGCCCAAUAGAUCUCGGACCCCCGACUCACCAGGUUCUGCGAAAGAGUAUGGCAGACCACAUGAUGACAUAUUUGCGGGGGAGAGUAGGUCCUACAUGGUGCCAUAUGACACGGUUGAUUCUGAUUUACAAGUGGCUUCACCUAAGAAGAUAAUUUCGAUCAGAGGCCUGAUUAAGGUUUGCGGUCGAGAUGCUUGCGGGCGACCCAUAGUGGUCAUUGAUACAAGUUAUUGUCCACCUCCAUACAUGAGAUUUGCAGCCUUGGGGCAUAUUCGAGAGAAAAUGGAGCCAAUUGUGGAGGCAGGAGAGUAUAACUUGGUUUUCGUCAUGUCGCCUAAUCCAAGUAAAGGAAGUGCUCAUAAAGAGGUUCCAACAAUGUGGUGCUUGGACGUUUACCGCAAGCUACCGUACGCCUAUAAGAAAAAUGUGCAACGAGUUGUCUUCAUUCAUCCCACGUUUUUUGUAAAUCUAGUUUUGAACAUUCUCCGACCGUUCAUGAGUGGAAAGGCUCAUGAGAAGAUAGUACGAGUUCAUCAAUUGUCUGAUCUUGAGAAAGCCAGCGACGGCGAUAUUACUUUGGAUAAGCUGUACCUUGCAUCACAUGUAUAUUUACAUGACAAAUCGCUAGCAGCAGCGGGGAACCCUGAGGACUAUGCGUAUGAAUGAACUAGGCAAAAAGUUUCCUCUUUAAGUUGUGCUAACGCUUUGUUUAUAGAAUCCUUCUUCAUCAAGUGGUUUCGAGUGUAUAUUACCUACAGUACACAGUCACUUUCUUCUUCUCAAAAAAUCUCUCAAACCUAUCCCUCGUUGCUUGCUUCGGAUCGAAAACAUUAUUCCUCAUCGAAGCUUCAACGUUGAGACCGCUAGGUCAAGGUCAGGUCAGGUUUCGUUGUAGCUGGUCGUGAUAGUCAAUUAUCAUAGCAGGUGUGAAGAUAGACCACCAUAUCAUAAUCUUUAGUUCUACUAUCUAUCGAUUUAUUAUUAAUCGCGCCUUCUCGUCUCUGAACGGUGUAACAGCUUCUGAGUGGUUGUUUUCUAUUUCAGAAGCUUGUACUAUUGAAGCCACCCUGAAAGAUCUGUGCAUAUUAAUUGAAAUCCAAAUUGAGGUGUAAAAGGACGCUCUCUUUAUG